CAGGAAGACACCGGCCCACCUCCCACCCAUGCAGGCUCCCAUCAGCAGGGCUGGCACAGCAGUAUCCUUCAUCUGACUUUCUUUCCCUCUGGGGCUGGAGAGGAACACAAGGAGAUUGCGGGAGGGGGGAUCAGUCUAAAACUACAAGCGUCCUCUCCCUGCACCCCCAAACCUGGAGCAAACCAAGUGGGUCUGUACAAAAUCCUGGAUCUACUGCGCUUUCUGGGAAACAUUGAGAUUUAUCUGAAUAUCUAAGGCUCCCCAUGUACGGAGGGGCCCGGACGCAGCUGUUCCACAGGCAAACAGAAGGCUGAAAACUUCUCAACAACAAAAGAGAGAAUCCCAAAAUGGAUUACAGUUCGUUUAGCGGGGUGCCACGGUUCCUCACCAGGCCCAAGGCCUUUAUGAUGUCUGUGGGGAAAGAUUCCACCCUGAGCUGCCAGAUUAUGGGAAACCCAAAUCCCGCCGUCACGUGGGAGAAGGAUAAACUCCCAAUCAAAUCCGAAGGUCGGUUCAAAAUGAUAGAAGAUGGCAACCUGUAUCGACUCACUAUUUACGACCUGCGGUUUGAAGACAGUGGCCAGUACAUCUGUAGGGCGAUCAACACCAUUGGUGAAGCCUUUGCAGCCGUGACCAUCAAAGUAGGGGAUGAAAAGGAAGGCACAGUGGCAGAAUGCUCACCUUUCUUUAUUUUGAAACCAAUCACCUCAAAGAUUAACCUAGGAGAAGAUGCCACAUUUCAGUGCAGGGUCCAAGGCUAUCCCACACCCACAGUGAAGUGGGAAAAGGAUGGGAAAGCUCUUGGCAAAAGUUUUGACUCAAACCGCAUUCGGAUUAUAGAUAGUGGAGAAUGCAGCUCUUUAAAGAUACACUGUAUAAGGUUUUCAGACAGUGGGACAUAUUUAUGUCGGGCGGAGAACCCUAUUGGCCAAGCUACGGCUUCCGCAUCACUGUUGAUUGACUCUUUUUCAAACAGCACGACUGCUCUGGAACCUACCUAUGCCAAAACGACUUCGCUGUUAUCCCACCUUCAGAAACGAAGGGAAGAAAUGAGGAAAUCAGACACGUCGAUCAUUGGUACCGUUGACUCCAAUGCCUCAUCGUAUGGAGCGUCGGAUCCAUUAUCCAGCCUGGGCUUUAGCUUGAGUCUUGACUACGAAAGAGCCGCCUCUCUCACACCCAAAAUGAGUCGCGAUGGAACAUUUGGUGUUCUUACUCGUACUUGCACGGUGACUGAGGGGAAGCACGCCAAAAUGAGUUGCUAUGUAACUGGGGAACCCAAACCUGAAAUUGUCUGGAAGAAGGACGGCGACAUUAUUGCAGAGGGACGGAGGCAUGUCAUUUAUGAGGAUGAGCAAGAGAACUUUGUAUUGAAAAUUUUAUUCUGCAAGCAAAUCGACAAUGGAUUGUAUACAUGCACAGCCUCUAAUCUGGCGGGACAGACCUACAGCUCGGUGCUUGUUAUAGUAAAUGAACCUAGAAUACCUUUCAGAACAAAACUUAGAGAUCUGGAGGUCAGAGAGAAGGAAUCGGCCACCUUCCAAUGCGAGGUUCCAAGCGUCAUCACGGAAUCUUCCUGGUACAAGGAGGAAACCCAGAUACAGCAAAGUUCCAAGUACAACAUUGAGGAAGAGGGAAUGGUCAGAAAGCUCACCAUACAGAAUGUCACCGCUGAUGACGAUGCCGUGUAUAUCUGUGAAAUGAAGGAAGGGAGCAGGACUAUCGCUGAGCUCUCUGUUCAAGGUAACAUCAUUAAAAAGCUUCCAAGAAGGACAGCGGUACCAAUCACUGACACGGCCAUGUUCUGCGUGGAGCUGGAAAAUGAAUGUCAAAAAUUUAAAUGGUUGAACAACGGCGAAGAAAUAAAACCCGGAGGACGGAUUUCCAUCACUUCCUUUGGCAAACAGCACACCAUGACCAUCCGAGAAUGCCAGAAUAGUGAUGCCGGAGAGAUUUCCUUCAUAGCAGAUGAGUGUAGAACGUCCACCAAGUUCACCGUCACCUGUUUAAGGAAGCCACCUUCUAAUGCUCCCACUAACCCCAUGGUAAAGGAUAAAACAGAAACAUCAGCUACAUUAGUCUGGUCCCCUCCCCCAAUGGAUAGACCCGUACCCAUUGAUGGGUACAUUGUAGAACGGAAGAAACUAGGAGCCACCACCUGGCUGAGAUGCCAUGAAACAACCAAUGUGCCUGUUCCGGAGUUCACCAUGAACAAUGUCCUUGAUGAAGGGAGUUAUCAGUUCCGUGUCAGCGCUGUGAACAGCUAUGGACAGAGCCCUUACCUGGAAUUCCCGGGAACUCUGCACCUUGAACCUGUACCUUCUGUUAAAACUCCAUUAAGACCUGCAGAAGUCACUUUGGGUGGAGAGGCAACAUUUACUAUUGACCUAAGCACUGUAUCUUCUGGCGUCUGGCUGAUCAAUGGGAAAAUAAUUCAGAACAGCGAACGGUAUAGCAUAAGGCGGAUGAAAAAUACCCACACCCUUAUCAUUCAGAACGUCACCCAGGCCGACCAUGAAACAGAAGUAAAAUUCACCAGUAAUGGGAUCGAGAGCAGCUCCAAACUCAGGGUGAAAGCUCUUCCUCAGUUCACCAACUCCAAGAAGGUCAACGAUGUAAAGGUGGUCGCUGGAGAGCAGGCAGAGUUCAUCUCAGAGACUUCAGAGGAGAACGUGAAGGUUCUGUGGUACAAAGACAACAAGGAGAUCCGACACUCCAAAAAGUUCUUGGUUGAAGUCAAAGGGAAACAGCACAAACUGCUUGUCACUGCGGUCAAGAAGGAAGACGAGGGGACAUAUUCCUGCAAAACUGGCAAUGACUCUGUUGUUUUUACUUUAAAAGUUACAGAACAUGAACCAGUAUUUUCUAACCAAGAGAAGGUGCAGAAGGAGGUUCAGGCCACCCUGACAGAGAGCGCCACACUCAGCUGUGAGGUUUCCCAGGCCAAGACUGAGGUGAAGUGGUAUAAGGAUGGGAAACUCAUCACCUCCAGCAAGAGAGUGAAGGUGGAGUCUGAGGGCAGAUCCCGUCGCCUAGUGGUGGAGCAGUUAGAGAAGAAAGAUGCUGGAGAGUACAGCUGUGAGGCUGCUGGAGAGAAAAUUAGCUUCAGAAUUAAAGUUAUUGAGCCCGAGCCAGCAUUUAGCAACAUAGAUAAGGUACAAAAGGAGGUUCAGGCCACCCUGACAGAGAGUGCCACCCUGAGCUGUGAGGUGUCCCAGGCCAAGACUGAAGUGAAGUGGUACAAGGAGGGGAAACUCAUCACCUCCAGCAAGAAAAUGAGGGUGGAGUCUGAGGGCAAAUCUCGCCGCUUGGUGGUGGAGAAAACUGAGAAACAAGACGCUGGUGGAUACACCUGUGAGACUGCCGGGCAGAAGAUCAGUUUUAAGAUUAAUGUUAAAGAACAUGAGCCGGCAUUCAUCAAUACAGACAAGAUACAGAAGGAGGUUCAGGCCACCCUGAACGAGAGCGCCACCAUGAGCUGUGAGGUGUCCCAGGCCAAGACUGAAGUGAAAUGGUACAAGGAGGGGAAACAAAUCACCUCCAGCAAGAGAGUGAGGGUGGAGUCUGAGGGCAAAUCUCGCCGCCUGGUAGUGGAGAAGGUGGAGAAACAAGAUGGUGGAGAGUACAGCUGUGAGGCUGCCGGGCAGAAGAUACAUUUUAAAGUUUCUGUAAAAGAACCUGAACCUACAUUCGCCAACCAGGAUAAAGUGCAGAAGGAGGUUCAGGCCACCCUGACGGAGAGCGCCACCCUGAGCUGUGAGGUGUCCCAGGCCAAGACUGAAGUGAAGUGGUACAAGGAGGGGAAACUCAUUACCUCAAGCAAGAAAAUGAGGGUGGAGUCUGAGGGCAAAUCUCGCCGCCUGGUGGUGGAGAAGGUGGAGAAACAAGAUGCUGGAGAGUACAGCUGUGAGGCUGCCGGGCAGAAGAUUAGUUUUAAGAUCAACAUCAAAGAGCCAGAAGCAGUGUUUGCCAACCAGGAGAAGGUGCAGAAAGAAGUUCAUGCCACCCUGACAGAGAGCGCCACCCUGAGCUGUGAGGUGUCCCAGGCCAAGACUGAGGUGAAGUGGUACAAGGAUGGGAAAUUAAUUACCUCCAGCAAGAGAGUGAAAAUGGAGUCUGAGGGCAAGUCCCGCCGCCUGGUGGUAGAGAAGGUGGAUAAACAAGAUGCUGGAGAGUACAGCUGUGAGGCUGCCGGGCAGAAGAUCAAUUUCAAGAUCCAUGUCAAAGAGCCAGAAGCAGUGUUCACCAACCUGGAGAAGGUGCAGAAAGAAGUACAUGCCACCCUGACAGAAAGUGCCACCCUGAGCUGUGAGGUGUCCCAAGCCAAGACUGAGGUGAAAUGGUACAAGGAUGGGAAAUUAAUUACCUCCAGCAAGAAAAUGAAGGUGGUAUCUGAAGGCAAGUCCUGUCAGCUGGUGGUGGAGCAGUUGGAGAAGAAAGAUGCUGGAGAGUACAGCUGUGAGGCUGCUGGGCAGAAGAUUAGCUUCAAGAUCCAUGUCAAAGACCCCGAGCCAGCCUUCACCAACACAGAUAAAGUACAAAAGGAGGUUCAGGCCACCCUAAAUGAGAGCGCCACCCUGAGCUGUGAGGUGUCCCAGGCCAAGACUGAGGUGAAGUGGUACAAGGAGGGGAAACUCAUCACCUCCAGCAAGAAAAUGAGGGUGGAGUCUGAGGGCAAAUCUCGGCGCCUGGUGGUGGAGAAGGUGGAGAAACAAGAUGGUGGAGGAUACACCUGUGAGGCUGCCGGGCAGAAGAUCAAUUUCAAGAUCAACGUUAAAGAGCCUGAGCCGGCAUUCACCAAUAUAGACAAGGUACAGAAGGAGGUUCAGGCCACCCUAACUGAGAGCGCCACCCUCAGCUGUGAGGUGUCCCAGGCUAAGACGGAAGUGAAGUGGUACAAGGAGGGGAAAUUGAUUACCUCUAGCAAGAAAAUGAGGGUGGAGUCUGAGGGCAAAUCCCGACGCCUGGUGGUGGAAAAAGUGGAGAAACAAGAUGCUGGAGAGUACAGCUGUGAGGCUGCCGGGCAGAAGAUCAAUUUCAAGAUCAAUACUAAAGAGCCUGAGCCGGCCUUCACCAACAUAGAGAAGGUGCAGAAAGAGGUUCAGGUUACUUUAAAUGAGAGCGCCACCCUGAGCUGUGAGGUGUCCCAGGCCAAGACUGAGGUGAAGUGGUACAAGGAGGGGAAACUCAUCACCUCCAGCAAGAGAGUAAGAGUGGAGUCCGAGGGCAAAUCUCGUCACCUGGUGGUGGAAAAGGUGGAGAAACAAGAUGCUGGAGAGUACAGCUGUGAGGCUGCCGGUCAAAAGAUCAGUUUCAAGAUCAAUACCAAAGAACCUGAGCCAGUCUUUGCCAACCAGGAGAAGGUACAGAAGGAGGUUCAGGCCACCAUUACCGAGAGUGCUACUCUGAGCUGUGAGGUGUCCCAGGCUAAGACUGAGGUGAAGUGGUACAAAGAUGGAAAACUCAUCACCUCCAGCAAGAGAGUGAGGGUGGAGUCUGAGGGCAAAUCCCGACGCCUAGUGGUGGAGAAAGUGGAGAAACAAGAUGCUGGAGAGUACAGCUGCGAGGCUGCUGGGCAGAAGAUCAGUUUCAAGAUCAAUACCAAAGAACCUGAGCCAGUCUUUGCCAAUCAGGAGAAGGUACAGAAGGAGGUUCAGGCCACCAUUACCGAGAGUGCUACUCUGAGCUGUGAGGUGUCCCAGGCCAAGACUGAAGUGAAGUGGUACAAAGAUGGAAAACUCAUCACCUCCAGCAAGAGAGUGAGGGUGGAGUCUGAGGGCAAAUCUCGACGCCUGGUGGUGGAGAAGGUGGAGAAACAAGAUGCUGGAGAGUACAGCUGUGAGGCUGCCGGGCAGAAGAUCAGUUUCAAGAUCAAUACAAAAGAACCUGAGCCAGUCUUCUCCAACAAGGAGAAGGUGCAGAAGGAGAUUCAGGCCACCAUUACCGAGACUGCUACUCUAAGCUGUGAAGUGUACCAGGCUAAGACUGAAGUGAAGUGGUACAAAGAUGGAAAACUCAUCAGCUCCGGCAAGAGAGUAAGAGUGGAGUCUGAGGGCAAAUCUCGAUGCCUGGUGGUGGAGAAGGUGGAGAAACAAGAUGCUGGAGAGUACAGCUGUGAGGCUGCCGGUCAAAAGAUCAGUUUCAAGAUCAAUACCAAAGAACCUGAGCCAGUCUUUGCCAACCAGGAGAAGGUACAGAAGGAGGUUCAGGCCACCCUCACCGAGAGUGCUUCUCUGAGCAGUGAGGUGUCCCAGGCUAAGACUGAAGUGAAGUGGUACAAAGAUGGAAAACUCAUCACCUCCAGCAAGAGAGUGAGGGUGGAGUCUGAGGGCAAAUCUCGCCGCCUGGUAGUGGAGAAGGUGGAGAAACAAGAUGCUGGAGAGUACAGCUGUGAGGCUGCCGGGCAGAAGAUCAAUUUCAAGAUCAAUACUGUUGAACCACAGGCCAGAUUCCUGAAGCCAUCAAAGCAAGAGCCCAUCCUUGUCCAAGAGGAUGAAGAUAUAAUACUGAAGACCUCUGUCCAACCAGAAAAUACUGAGGUCAAAUGGUUUAAGGAUGGAAAGGAGCUGAUGGCAACAAAGAAAUACCAAAUAUCUUCUGAAGGAGCCACAAGAACUCUAGUAGUAAAGUUGGCAGAGAGUAAAGACAGUGCCAGCUACUCAUGCACAACAAAUAGUGACAAACAGGAAUUCAAAGUACAAGUUAAAGAAAUACCCCAGAAGUUCCAGAAGAAACUAGAAGCUGUAACUGGGGAAAUAGGGAGCAACAUCACUCUGACCUGCGAGCUGAGCCAGGCCAAAGGAGAUGUGAUUUGGCGCAGGAAUGGAAAGGAAAUUAAGGCCGGCAAACAUUUUCAAAUGAGAAGCGAUGAGGCCAAGCACAUACUGACCAUCUCAGGGCUCAAGGUGGAUGAUGAAGGAGAAUACUCGUGUGAAUCCAGAGAUGACAAAACCGUCGCUCAACUGACAACCAAAGCACCAAGAGUAGUGAAGUUCACAGGAGAACUCGGCAAUGUGGUAGUGGAGGAAGGGGGUGAAGCCACCCUGAAAUGUGUCCUCUCCUUGGAUGACGCGGAGGUGACUUGGUAUCGAAAUGGGGUCAAGAUUGAAAGCAACAAGAAAUACACAAUCAAUAAGAAAGGCACAAACCACAGUCUGACAAUCAAGGAGUUGAUCCUGCAAGAUGCAGGGGAGAUUAUGGCAGAGUCAGAAGGGAUACAGACUAAGGCAUCUCUCAAAGUCCGAGAAAAACCAACGACUUUCAAGAAAAAACUGGAAAACACGACUGUAGAGGAAAGACAAACGGUUCGUUUUGAAGUUGAACUCUCUAAGGCCACCAAUGAAGUGAAAUGGAUGAGGAACAGCAUUGUCCUGCAACCCUCAGAGAACAUAGAGAUCCAGUCUGAAGGAACCAAGCAGAUCCUGAUCCUAAAGAAUGUCAUGUACACCGACCGAGGUCUGUACGGCUGUGAGACCCUGGAUGACAAGACACAGGCCAAGCUCAAUGUGGAAAUGCGCCAAGUGAAAGUUGCCAAAGGGCUGAAGGAUGUAGAAGUCCAUGAGAAAGAAAGUGCCACAUUUGAGUUGGAGCUGUCCCAUGAAGAUGUGGAAGGAUAUUGGAUGAAAGAUGGGAUCAAACUGAAACCAUCAGAUACAUGCAAAAUGACUGUCAAGGGCAAGAAGCACUCUCUAACUCUAUCUUCUCUAAAGAUGGACGAUUCAGGCCCUGUGGCGUUUAAAUCAGAAGGGUUACAAUCUACUGCCAAGCUCACUGUGAAAGAACCACCAGUAAAAAUCACCCUACCUCUGAAAGACAUCAAAGCACCAGAGAAGGAGAAGGUGACAUUUGAAUGUGAGGUGUCCAGACCCAACGCUGAAGUGAAAUGGUUCAAGGAUGGAUCUGUUUUAAAACCCAGCAAAAAAGUUGCCAUUAUUUCACAAGCCAAAAAGAGGAGUGUGACAAUUCACAAGUGUGAGCAUGAAGACCAAGGAACAUAUGUUUGUGAUGCAGGAGACGACAAGACCUCUGCAAACCUGACUGUCCAUGCUCGAGACAUCCAGAUCAUUAAACCGCUUGUGGAUGUGGAGGUGGUAGAAAAGGAGGGUGCGUCAUUUAUGUGCCAGAUUUCUCAUGAUGAAGUGCAAACCCAGUGGUAUAAGAAUGGCGUCAAGCUGAAAGCGGGAGACAAUGUGAAGAUGCGCCAAGAAGGAAGAACAUGCUCUUUGGUUUUCAAAAGUGUCCAGGCUGAAGAUGCAGCUGAAAUCAAAUUUGUGGCUGAAACAGCUGAAUCUCGGGCACAACUAAAAAUCAAAGAACUUCCAGUCAAAAUUGUGAAGCCCCUACGUGACAAGAUCGCCAUAGAGAAGCACAGGGCGUUCCUGGAGUGCCAGGUUUCAAGAGCGAGUGCAGAAGUGACUUGGUACAAAAAGAACAAGCAGAUUGCCCCAGGGGAUAAAUAUGAGAUUGUGAGUCAGGGGGUGUACAGAAAACUCAUCAUCAAUGAAGCAGAGUUUGAGGAUGAAGACACCUAUACAUGUGACGCCGGAGAUGACAAGACUUCGGCCAAACUUCUCAUUGAAGAACAAUCCAUUAAUAUUGUCAAGGAGCUGGAAGAUGUAGUAGUGACACAGCCUGAACCCGCUACAUUCGAAUGUGUCACAUCAAUUGUGUCAGUGAAGCCCCCAAAAUGGAUGCUCGGCGGAGAAGUUCUUUCCGAUGGAAAAGGCAUCACCAUAGAACAAGAUGGAACCAUCCACCGCCUGACUUUGAGGAAGACUUCUCCGGAGAUGUCUGGAACUCUCCAGUUUCACAUUGGAAAAUCGAAGUCUUCUGCCAAUCUUCUGGUUAAAGAAAUCCCUGUUCAGGUUACAUAUCGUAUUGAAGACAAGACCGCCAAUGAGCGCCAGACUGUCAUCCUGUCCUGUGAAUUUAAACCUCCUCCCAAGUUUGUGGAAUGGUUUAAGGAUAAAAGUCAAGUUGAACCAUCAGAGAGGUUCAAACUGAAGCUGGAGAGGAAUGUGGCAGAGCUCAAAAUCCUACAGGUGACUCCAGAGGAUUCGGGAACCUACACCUGCAAAGCUGGAGAUGCAGAGACAUCGGGGAAACUGAAUGUACAUGCCCGGGAUGUGAAAGUCCUGAAGCCCUUGAAGGAUGUUGAGGUUGAUGAAGAAAGCUGUGCUGGGUUCUCUUGUGAAUUGUCCCAUGAUGACGAGGAGGUGGAAUGGUUCCUGAACAACACCCUCCUGUACUCCAACAAUUUCAAUGACAUCCAGAAAAUUGGGGCCACUCACACUCUUACUCUGAAACAAGUGGCCCCUGAGGACUCUGGAACAGUGAGCGUGAAGACAAAGAAACUCUCCUUCAGUGCUCAGCUGAAGGUUAAAGAAAAACCAGCCGUUUUCAUGAAGUCCCUAGACGAUGCCGUAGGCGAGGAGCGAGGAAUGGUCACUUUAGAGUGUGAAGUCUCCAAGGCCAAGGUGAAACCCGUCUGGAAGAAGGAUAACCAGGUCCUGCCCAAUGGAGACAAGUAUCAGCAGAUGCAGGCGGGAAAAACCGUGUGCUUGAUCAUCCAUGAUCUUAACAAGUCUGAUGCAGGGCUAUACGUCUGUGACAUUGGAACAGAUACCGCAAAGUCCAAAAUCAGUGUUCAGGAGCUCAAUAUUGGCAUCACUAAACGUCUCAAGAGCUGCGAGGCUAAAGAGGGCGAGAGUUGUACCUUUGAGUGCAUCCUUUCUCACGAGAGCAUUGAUGAAUGUUCCUGGACGGUGAAUGGACAGAGUGUAGAGGGGGACAAGCGCUUCAAUGUCUCCAAUAAGGGACGUAAAUAUGUGCUUUCUAUUAAGGAAGUGAGAGCAAGGGAUGCUGGGGAAGUCGUAUUCACAGCUCGAAAUCUGAACUCCAAGGCAUCACUGACUAUUAAAGAAAAACCAGCUGAAAUAACAAAACCACUGGAAGAUAAAACUGUUCCAGUGGGAGAAGACAUCGUCUUGAGGUGUGAGCUAUCCAAAGAAGACACAAAUGUCAAAUGGAGCAAAGAUGGGAAGGUGCUGAAGAAAAGCCAAAAAUACGAAUUUUUCCAGGAAGGAACUGAAACCAAAAUGACAAUCCAUGAAGUGACGGCAAAAGACUCUGGAGAGUAUACAUGUGAGACCAGCAUCUCCAAAACGAAGGCCAACGUUCAAAUAAAAGAAAAACUCAACAGUUUCACCAAAGAAAUGUCAGAUGUUAAAAUUGAAGAAGGAGAGUCUGCAGUGUUUAGCUGUGAGACAGAGAAGGUUGCACCCUCCGUAUCCUGGAGAAAAGGGAUAACAGAGAUCAAACCAAGUGAGAAAUAUGAAAUAAGUCAGAAAGGCAUUGCCCUCAGCCUGCAGGUCAACGACUUGGAGAAGAGCGACAGUGACAUCUAUAUAUGUGAUAUUAGGGACGCGCAGACCAAGGCCAACCUCACUGUUAAAGGCCACAAAGUUCUUAUAGUUGAAGACCUGGAAGACAUUGAAGUUUAUGAAGGGGAAAGUGCCACAUUUAAAUGUAGAAUCUCUCCAGCACAUUACAGAAACGUACAGUGGUCCUUGGACAAAACCCCAUUGCAUACCAAUGAUGUAAAUGAGAUUCAAGCCCAUCCUGAUGGAUACCAUACUCUAUCCCUGAAGCAACUUUCAUUAAAGGACUGUGGCGUGGUCACUUUCGAAGCUGGAAAUCAAAAAUCAUCUGUAAAUUUGGUAGUCAAAGAGAAACCUUGCAUUAUUACAAAGGCACUGAGUGAUUGUGAAGUUACGGAGGGGGAGAAUGUGACUCUUCACUGUAAGACCUCCAAAGCAAAUGGGUCUGUAAAAUGGUACAAAGAUGGAAAAGUUCUCAGGCCAUCGUCCAAGUUCCAAAUUGAUAGAUCUGGAUGUGAAGCUUCUCUUGUCAUUUGUAAUGCAAUGGGCAUAGACAGUGGCACAUAUGUCUGUGAAUUUGGGACCUCUAAAACUAGUGCAGUUGUUGCUGUUAAGGCCCCACAGGCCUAUUUCAAGCGGGAGCUGCAGAGCGCCGAGGCUGUGGAAGGGGAAACAGCUACGCUGUGGUGUGAACUGUCCAACCCUAACGCUGAGGUGGAAUGGAGCAAGGACGGAAAUGUACUUAAAGCCAGCAAGAAGCAUGAAAUGCGAGUGAAAGACCACAGGGUGGAAUUACUGAUCCAUCAUUUGGUAGAGGAAGAUGCUGGAACCUAUAUAUGUGCAACUGGGGAUAGGAAAUCCUCAGCAACUCUAACUGUGAAAGCUGAGCAAGUCUUGUUCAAACGCGGGCUCAGGAAUGAGAAAGCCAAAGAGGGAGGCAGCGUGAAGCUGCACUGUGAGCUGAGCAAGGCGAGUGGGUCUGUGCGCUGGAUGAAGGGCAGCCAAGUGCUGGAGAAUGGAGACAAGUACAACAUGAAGCUGCUCGGCGCGGUGGCUGAGCUCUUUAUCCUGAAUGCAAAGCCAGAAGAUUCUGGAGACUAUACUUGUGAUACCGGAGACCAAAAGAGCACGGCCCAUGUGACAGUGACUGCCCUGCCUGUUCGCUUCAAACAAGACCUGAAAGACGCGGAGGUUGAAGAAGGCUCCUCUGUGACGUUAUCUUGUGAAGUCACGAAGCCCGAUGCCCCUGUCACAUGGAAAAAGGGCGUCACAACCCUUCAAGCCAAUGAGAAAUAUGAAUUCAGGCAAAAAGAAUGCCUAGUAGAUUUAACUAUUCACAAGGUAGGGCCGGAGGAUUCUGGGACCUACACUUGCGAUACUGGAGACCAACAGACUUCUGCACGUGUCAAAGUCAAGGAACUCCCGGCCCUUUUCAAAGAAGGACUGAAACCCCAACAGGUCUCAGAAGGUGAAUGUGCCGCCCUGCGCUGUGAGCUGACCAAGGCUAACGUCUCUGUAGAAUGGAAGAAAGAUCACAGAAUGAUCAAACAGAGCAAAAAGUAUAAAAUCCGCCAAGAAGGGGCGGUCUCUGAGCUUGUAAUACGGGACCUGGUAUUGGAGGAUUCGGGAGAUUAUAGCUGUGUGUGUGGGGAGCAGAAGACUACAGCCGCAGUGACAGUAGCUGCUUCCCCGCCGCGUUUCAGUGAGGAACUAAAAGAUGAAAAGGCCACAGAAGGCCAACAGGCCACUCUUCAUUGCGAAUUAACCAAACCGGGAGCUGUGUUGGAAUGGAAAAAGGGUCAAUCUUCUCUUAAACCUGGUGGGAAAUAUUCAAUGAGGCAGGAAGGUUUCUCCGCUGAGCUUUUAAUCAGCAAUCUUGAAGAAAGCGAUUCGGGUGAUUAUACAUGCGAGUGUGGAAAUCAGCAGACGACAGCAACCCUUACAGUGAAUGCACUUCCGGUAUUCUUUAAAAAGAACCUGAGGGACGCAGUAGCCACAGAAGAAGAAACGGUCACCCUUCACUGCGAGCUCUCCAAACCGACUACUAACGUGGAAUGGAAGAAAGGUCACAGGCAGCUGAAGGGAAGCGACAAGUAUACAAUGAAAAUUGAAGACUUGGUCGCUGAGCUAAUAAUCCAUGACCUAAAUGUGAAAGAUAGUGGGGACUAUACUUGUCUUUGUGGAGACCAGGAUACCACAGCAAAUCUAACAGUCAAUGCCCUGCCGAUCCUUUUCAAAGAAGAAUUGAGCAAUGAAGAAAGCACAGAGGGGGAAACAGUUACUCUGCGCUGCAUCUUGACCAAACCUCCUGACCAUGUAGAGUGGAAACAGGGGCAAAGAGCUCUGAGACCAAGUCCCAAAUAUGAAAUGAGAGUGGAUGGGGCUACUGCAGAGCUAAUAAUCCAUCAUUUGGAAGUGAAAGACAUGGGAGAAUAUGCGUGCGUGUGUGGUGAACAACAGACCACAGCUGUCUUGAUAGUGAAUGCCCUGCCUACUCACUUCAAACAUGGACUUAAAAACGAGAACAUAAAAGAAGGAGACCAAGCCAUCUUGCACUGCGAGCUUAGCAAACCCGACGUCACUGUGCAGUGGAGAAAGAACGGUGAGGUCUUGGCAACUUCUGAAAAACACGUAUUGCGUCAGGACGGCGCUAUUGCAGAACUGGUGGUUCCUCACGUAGAGGAAGAAGAUGCUGGGAUUUACACCUGUAUUUGCGGAAAUGUUGAGACCUCAUCAACCUUAACCGUAAUAGCUUUACCCCCACGUUUCAAAGAAGACCUCAAGAACUCAGAAGCUGUCGAAGGAGACUCCAUCACACUGCGCUGUGAGCUGACCAAGUCUAAUGCCUCUGUAGGGUGGAGGAGAGGAGGGAAGGCUCUCAGACCAAAUGACAAGUACAAGAUGAGGCAGGAAGGCCUUGUGACUGAGUUAGUUAUAAGUCAGUUAGAGCUGCAGGAUGCUGGGAAAUACACCUGUGUUUGUGGAGAUUUUGAAACAACAGCCUUGCUGACUGUGAAUGCGGUCCCACCACAAUUUGAAGAGGAACUCAGGAGCAAGGAAGCUAUGGAAGGGGGCUCAGUUGCAUUGAGUUGCAAACUGACCAAACCUAACGCGGUGCUGGAGUGGAGGAGAGGACAUAAGACUCUAAAGUCAUGUGAUAAAUACAAAAUCAACCAGGAAGAUCUUGAUGCAGAGUUGAUAAUCAAUAAUUUGGACCUGAAAGAUGCUGGCGAGUACACAUGCGUAUGCGGAGUCCACCAGACCACAGCUUCACUGACCGUAAAUGCUCUGCCUCCGCAAUUUAAAGUGGAACUGAAGAACAAAGAAGUGAAUGAAGGGGAAUCAAUAACUUUACACUGUGAGCUAACUAAGGCUAAGGCCCUCUUGGAGUGGAGGAAAGAACAAAGUAUCCUGAAGCAAAGUGACAAAUACAAAAUGAAGCAAGAUGGGAAAGUCGCUGAGCUUUUGGUUUGCAAUUUAGACUUGAAGGAUGCUGGCCAGUAUUCAUGUGCCUGUGGAGAGCAGAAGACAACUGCUGUACUGACAGUCAAUGCUCUUCCCAUCGUUUUCAUCGAAGAGCUAAGAAAUGAAAUCGGCACGGAGGAUCAAGAUAUCACCCUUCGCUGUGAGCUGAAUAAGCACAAAGAGCCGGUGGUUUGGAAAAAAGACAAUCGGGAAAUGAAGCCAAGUGACAAGUACAUAAUCCAGCGAGAUGGUGGUGUUGCACAACUGAAGAUCCUCAAACUCAAUGUAAAGGAUGCUGGAAGCUAUACGUGCAUCUGCGGAGACCAGGAAACCACAGCAAAACUAACAGUACAGGAAUUGCCAGCACUCUUUGUAGAAGAACUCCAACAUACAGAAGAAAGAGAAGGCCAGAAGGCUAUGUUCCACUGUAGGCUGACUAAACCAAAUGCACGAGUGGAGUGGAAGAAAGGUCAUGAAACUCUCAAACCUAAUGAUAAGUAUCAACUGAGGCAGGAAGGCGUCAUAGCGGAGCUAACCAUCAGCAAACUAGAUCUGAAGGACUCUGGAAAUUAUACAUGUGUGUGUGGAGAGGAGGCCACCACUGCUACUUUAACAGUUAUUGAGCUGCCUGCGGUCUUCAACUCUGAUCUGAAAAAUGUCGAGGUCACCGAAGGGGGGACAGCCACGUUACAUUGUGGGGUGACAAAGGCUUCUGCCUUGGUACAAUGGAUGAAAGGAAAACAAGCAUUAAGAUCCAGCGAUAAGUAUCACAUGAACCAAGAUGGCUGUGCAAUUGAGUUGCUAAUAUGUGAUACUGAUCUGGACGAUUCUGGCCAGUAUACCUGCAUCUGUGGAGACCAGAAGACCUCUGCUACUUUAACUGUGAAUGCUCUGCCUGUUGUUUUUAAAGAAGAACUGAAGAACGUGGAGGUCACAGAAUGUGACACAGCUACUCUCCACUGUGAGCUGAGCAAACCCAAUGUUUGUGUUGAGUGGAAGAAAGGAACCCACGUGCUGAGUCAGAGUCAGAAAUAUUCCUUCAGACAAGAAGGUCUAAGCGCUGACCUUGUCAUCCACAAUGUAGAGCCAAAGGAUGCAGGAGAAUAUACAUGUACUUGUGGCGAUAAGAAGACUUCUGCUGUGGUGGCGGUUAAUGUCCUUCCAGUGAUUUUUACAGAAGAGCUGAAGUGUGCCGAAGCUACCGAGGGAGAAACGGCAAUUCUACAUUGCGAGCUUAGCAAACCAAAUGUGCCCGUUGAAUGGCUGAAAGGAGGUCAGGUGCUAAAAUCAGGGGACAGAUACCAAAUGCAGCAAAGUGGAGGAAAAGUUGAGUUGCUCAUCAGUAAUCUUGAGUUAGGAGAUGCUGGGGUUUACAGUUGCGUAUGCGGUAUAGAGAAAACAACCAGUGAUCUAAAAGUGAAAGCCCUGCCAUCUGUAUUCACUAAAGCACUGCAGAACACUGAGGCUCAGGAGGACGACACCGUGACAUUGCGAUGUGAAGUAUCUAAGCCUAACGCCUCCGUUGAAUGGAGGAAAGGGAGCCUAGGCCUUCAGCAGGGCAGCAAGUAUGAGAUGAGGCAGAAGGAGCGCAUUGCUGAACUGAUAAUACACAACCUUAGGCUGGAAGACACAGGAGAGUACAGCUGUGAUACAGGGGACCAGGAAACAAGGGCAUAUCUAACAGUAAAAGCUCUGCCGGUGCUCUUCAAGAAACCACUGAAAGACACAACAGUGGAGGAAGGUGUCACCGUGACUCUUCGCUGCGAAACCACAAAACCAAACGUCCCCAUCGAAUGGAGGAAGGGAAGCGUCGGGCUUUUCCCUUGUGCUAAAUAUAAGAUGGUGCAGGACGGGGUUGUGGCGGAACUUGUGGUUUAUGAUGCAGAAGCGGAGGACGGGGAUGUAUAUACGUGUGACACAGGAGACCAGCAGACCACUGCUACUGUAAAGGUCAACGUGCUACAGUUCUUGCAGCCGUUGCAGAACAUGGAAGCUCAGCAGGGUGAGAAGGCUCAAUUCCGCUGUGAGAUAUCUUCAAAGAAGAAUUCAGUAGAGUGGAGAAAAGGAGCCGAGACCCUUCAGCCCAGUUCCAAGUAUGAAAUGAAAGAACAAGAUGGGGUCAGAGAGCUGGUGAUACACAAUCUGGAGCUGGAAGAUGCUGGAGAGUUCACCUGCGUGGCCCGGAGCAAGAAAUCUUCAGCAGUUCUGAAAGUUAAGGAACUGGAUGUGACUAUCGUGAAGGGCCUGAAAGACGUGUCAGUAUUCGCAGCAGAAGAUGCAGUGUUUACGUGCGAGGUGUCCCACCCUGAUGCCAAGGAUGUGGAGUGGAAGCUGCAGGGAAUCACUCUGGUGAACAAUGAGAUGAAUGAAAUAUCACUGGAGAAGGGCAAAAUCCACAGACUGAAACUGAGCAGCGUGACACAGGAGGAUACAGGCAGUGUUUCCUUCAGGGUCGGCCCAUACACAUCAACGGCAGAACUUACAGUGAAAGCCCCACUUCCAGUCUUUACCAAAAACCUUCUGGAUAUGCAAGUGGAAGAAGAUGGCUCAGUUAUCCUUGAAUGUGAACUCUCUCGGCCCAACGUUCCUGUGGUGUGGAGGAAAGGCACAGAGCAGAUACCUGCCGGUGCAAAGUAUGAUAUCAAGGAAGCGGGAACUGUCCACUCUUUGCAGAUCAGUAACCUCAAACCUGAAGACUCAGGCGCCUAUUCUUGUGAUGUCGGAAAUCAACAGACAAAAGCAAAAGUAACAGUCUCAGCCCUCCCAGUAGAGAUAACAAAACCUCUGCAGAACGAGCAGGGAGAAGAAACCAAAUCUGUUAUUCUACGGGCUGAGAUCUCUAAAGCUAAUGCUCCAGUUCAGUGGAAGAAAGCUGGAGUCGUUCUCCAACCAGGUUCUAAAUAUGAAAUGAAGCAGGCCGGUCAUGUGGUGGAACUUCAUAUACACAAACUUCAGAUGUCUGAUGCCGGAGAAUAUACAUGUGAUACAGGAGAUCAGAAAUCAAUGGCUAAUAUCUGUGUUAAAGAACCAGAGCCGUUCAUUGUUGACCAUCUUCAGAACAUUUCUGUAGAAGAGGGGGAAGAUGCCAUCUUCAAAUGUAAAGUGUCCAAAGAGAAUGCCCCAGACGUACAGUGGUACCUAGCCGGUGUUCCCUUGCAGCCCAAUGAAAUGAAUGAAAUUUCGGUGCAUAAAGGGAAAAUCCACACCUUAACACUAAAAAAGGUGUCAACGGAAGAUACUGGGAUCGUCAGCUUUAGAGUAGGGCAGAAUACAACCACUGCAGACCUUAGAGUUACAGCUAUAGCCUUGAACUUUACCAAGAAGCUUCAGGCAGUAGAAGCAAUGGAAGAAGGAGUGGCUUUGCUUCAGUGUGAGUUAUCCAAGGUCAAUGUUCCAGUGGAAUGGAGAAAGGGAUCCAAGAUUAUCAAACACGGGGAACAAUAUGAAAUCAGCGUGAAUGGAUCUGUCCACACCUUACGCAUUAAGGACCUCACCUUGGAGGAUUCUGGGGAAUAUAGCUGUUGUGCCCAAAGUGAAAAAACAUCAAGUCAACUCCAAGUCAACCAACUACCAGUGACCUUCACCCAAGAGCUUCAGAAUGUGGAACCAGAGGAAGGAGGCACCGCCGUUUUGCAAUGCAAAGUAUCCAGACCGGAGGCCCACGUGGAAUGGAGAAAGGGAGGCCUUGUUUUACAACCCAGUGCUAAAUAUGAAAUGAGGCAAAGUGGCUUUGUCGUGGAAUUGCUUAUUCACAACUUGGAUCUAGAAGACUGCGGGCCCUACUCAUGCAGCACAGACGCCGCACAAACAUCAGCCUCUGUUUUUGUCCAAGAGGGCAACCUAGAGAUAGUUACGGGUUUAAAGAACAUGGACGUCUUUGCGGGGGAGACAGCCACCUUCACCUGCAAGCUUUCUAAGCAGGGGACGAGGAAGGCCCAGUGGUGGCUGGACGGGUCUCCCCUGCAGAACAGCUCAAUGAAUGAGAUAUCUGUGCUCAACGGCAACAUUCACACCUUAACCUUAAAAAAUCUGGGAACCAAUGACUCUGGCGUUGUCACCUUCAAAGCUGGGUCCCUCAUUUCUUCUGCUAAACUGUUAAUCAAAGAUCCAACCAUUGAGGUGGUCAGCCCAAUGAAGGACCUUGCCAUUGAUGAAGAUGACACCGCAGAGUUCAUCUGCCAAUACUCUAGGCCCGCGCAGGCCCGUUGGAAGAAAAAUGACCUAGACGUUUGCGCUGACGGCGAGCGAAUCGUUCUCGAGCAGGACUGGAAUGUAGCCAAGCUGACCAUUAGAUCUGCCGUCCCAGAAGAUAGCGGAAUCUAUGUGUGUGAAGCUGAAGGCACUAGAGUUGUCGCUAUGCUUGAAGUUGAAGCCAAGAAUAAAGUGCUGCAAGAGCUGGAGAACAUAGAUGCAGUAGAGGGAGGUGAAGCUCUUUUUGGGUGUUAUUUGGCCAAGCCUGAGAGCUACAACUAUAACUGGCUGUUAGAUGAUGAACCCGCGAGGACAUCAGAAAACAUUGAGAUGAUUUAUUUUGAAAAUGGUCGAAGGCAUCUUCUUUUACUGAAGAACCUCACCCCCCAAGACAGCUGCAGAGUGACUUUCAUAGCGGGCGAGGCUGUCACUUCAGCCUUUUUGAAUGUGCAAGGAUGGCGCCUGGAAGUUGUGAAGCCUCCUGUAGACUCUGAAGUCAUUGCUGGUGGCCAGGCGACCUUUAGCUGCACGCUAAGCGAAGCCGUUCCAGUCAAUGAAGUUGCCUGGUAUUUUAAUGGCAUAGAUAUCCGACCAGAUGAAAGCUGGGCAAUGCAGGUAGAUGGAAAUGAGUACAAGUUAAUUCUUAAAGACGCUCAACUACAUCAUUCCGGAGAAGUGGCGUUUGCUUCAAGAGAUAUAGUGGCCUCGGCCAAAAUUUCUGUUCUUGCCUUACCUGACCCUCCCGAAGAGCCAGAAAUUGUAAGUAAAAGCAGCCGCUCUUUGACACUGUCCUGGUUUGCGCCGCCGAGUGAUGGUGGCUCUGCCAUCCUAGGAUACAAUGUUGAAAUAAAAGCCCCUGGUAGUGACUGGAAGCAGUGCAACAAAGAAACCAUUCAAACCACGGAGUAUGUUGUGGAUAACCUUGUACCAGGCGAGGCCUACAGAUUCCGUAUUUCUUCCAUAAACAAACAUGGAGCUGGGGAACCUGUUCACUUACCUCAGACGGUACAGCUAGAGCAUCCUGUCACCAUUAAACGCCCGCUGGAAAACCAAAGCGUAAAGGAAGGUGAAAGUAUCCGCCUUGAGUGUGAGUUGUCUAAAGAAACCCGGGACGUUAAAUGGAUGAAGGGAAGUGAAACGCUGAAGCCUGGGGAGAAACACGAGUUCAUAAGUCAAGGGAAAAAACAAGUGCUGAUAAUUCACAAUGGCUCGUCUGAAGAUCAGGGUUCCUAUACGUGUGUUACUUCAUCAGGAGAAAAGACAGCCACCACCGUAUCCAUCGAAAAACAAAUAAUCACAGAAGUCACGAGCAUACAGGAGAUUUUUGGCCUUGCACAAGAAAGAAGCAAGGUCAAACUUGAAGAUGAAGAGAGUUCUCAGCCAAGUCUCCCACCAGAGGCUGCUCAGGAAGGGGAUCUCCAUUUAUUAUGGGAAGCGCUGGCAAAGAAGAGGAGAAUGAGCAGAGAGCCUACACUGGAUUCCAUCUCUGAAGUACCAGAAGAAGAAGAGAAGCGUAGGCAGAAAAAAGAAGCAGACAGGCGCUCGGAUUUUUCAGGUUACACUUCCGACGAUUUGACUAAAACAAGUGAAGCUGAUUUUUCCGUUACAAGCUCCGACGAUGAAUCUCGAGCCGGAACCCCAUCUUUGGUGUCUUAUCUUAAAAAAGCCGGCCACUCCAAAGCCGGCCACUCAGUCAUCACACACGGCUCCAAAGUUCAAACAAUGUCCGAAAGCAAAUUCUUUAAACACUUUGAGAUCAUAGAACCUGAGCGCAAGGAACCCCCACCCCCACAAGAACCAGAGGUUCCAGAUUUAUUUCAAGAUGACGACCCUGCACUGGACAAGGCAGCUGUGAAAAUUCAGGCGGCUUUUAAAGGAUAUAAAGCGAGGAAGGUCAUCAAGCAACAAGAAUGUCCUUUGUUAGCAGAAACAUUUAAAGAUUUCACCGUCGAACCAGGAGGAACAGUCCAUCUUGAAUGUGUGGCCAUCAGCAAAACUGACAUUACAACUCGGUGGUUGAAAGACGAUAAAGAACUCUCCGAUGGCCGCCAUUAUCAUAUUGAUAAUUACACCGACGGAACCUGUUCCUUGAUCAUUACCGCCGUGGAAACUGCAGACACUGGAAAAUAUACAUGUGAAGCCUCCAACAAGUUUGGUGCAGUUUCACAUAGUGCUUCUUUGGUGGUUGGCAGCGGUUUACCUCAAGUUCCCGAAAAACCCAAGCCUUCAAUUGCUAAGCUUGGCUCAGACAGUGAAACAGAGAGCACUUCCGGAAGUGAUUUGGAUGAUGCUUUUCGGAAGGCAGGCAGAAGGCUUCAUAAGAUCUUUAAAUCCAAGACAUCCCUUGAGAUGUCUGACGUUGAAGAAGAACUAUUUGUCAGCGCGGAUGAAGGAGACCUACCACCUGUAGACCAGCAAACCUACAGAGAGGAUGAUAAAUAUAUCUACAUCAAGUUUGAAAUCAUGUCCGAGGCUUCCAUUGCUGCAAAGAGGUUCAAAGAGAUGUUCUCUGCAAUGGGCAUCCCAGUCAAAAUAGAUAUCUUGGACCAAGGUCUGAAGAAUAUCGAACUGCGGAUAAUGAAAGUCGAGACAGGAACCACCGAGCAGCAGAGAAUGGCGGCAAGGCAUCAAAUAACCUUGUUGACUUCUGAUACCGCUCCCAUUUUUAUUACUGAACUUCAGAAUCAAGAGGUGAAAGAUGGUUACCCAGUCAGUUUUGACUGUGUAGUUAUUGGAAAGCCAAUGCCAACAGUACGUUGGUUUAAAGAUGGUAAGGUGAUAGAAGAGGAUGACCAUUACAUGAUCAAUGAGGACCAAGAGGGAUGCCACCAACUCAUCAUAACUGCCGUAGUCCCCAAAGACAUGGGAGUCUACAGAUGUCUAGCAGAGAAUAGAAUGGGGGUCUCGUCAACCAAGGCUGAGCUGAGAGUCGACUUAACCAGCUCAGAUUAUGACACUGCCGAGGCAACAGAAACGUCAUCUUAUUUCAGCGCACAGGGUUAUCUGUCCAGGGAGCAGGAGGGCCUGGAAUCUGCAACGGAACAAGACCAACUUCCUCAGGUUCUGGAGGAGCUACGAGACACUAUGGUUGCUCCUGGGACUCCACUUGCUAAAUUUGAGAUAAAAGUGAAAGGUUACCCAAGGCCUCGAGUCUACUGGUUCAAAGAUGGCCAGCCCAUCCAUGCUUCUGACAGAAUACUAAUUACUGACAGAAAGAAACUGCAUGCACUGGAAAUUCUGAAUGUAACAAAGGAAGAUUCUGGGGAGUAUUCAACCUACAUCAGUAAUUCCGCUGGCUCUGCAUACUCAUCUGCCAGACUUUCUGUCAAAGGACCAGAUGAGCUACAGAAGGACAAGCCAUUGGAAGAUGCAGGAGAUGGAGAGAAACCAGUACCACCAAGGUUCCUGGAAAGAUUCACAAACAAAAAAGUACUGAAAGGAGCCAGUAUCACCUUAUCUGUGAAAGUUGAAGGAACUCCACCUCCAACAAUCACCUGGCUGAAGGAAGACUCCCCUGAAGAUGUACUUUGGAUCAAACCCGAGACUCCUGGCUACAAGCUGGCCAGCUCAAACAGGCACCACAGUCUCAUAUUACUGGACGUUGGCACAGAGUUUUCCGGCACUUACACCUGUAUUGCCACAAACAAGGUGGGCCAGUCCAUCUGUACGGCUUCUGUGGAGAUUGCUGAAGCUAAAGAAGCCAAGAUUCUGAAAGAAGCAGACAAAUUAGUAAAAGAGAUGUUGGGCCGAACACCACUGUCUGGGUUUGAAGAAGGCCGGGAGGCAGAACCUGGAGUGAUUGGCAUCUCGGUGCAACCUCCGGAGGACAGCGGGGAGGUGCCCAAGCCCCACAUUUCACUGACCGACGUUGGAACGGAGGAAUUCUUCCAGAAACUGACAUCUCAUAUAACGGAAAUGGUAUCUGCCAAGAUAAGCCAAGCCACACUUCGUGUCCCUGGAACGACAGGGAUGGAUAGUGAUGAAGAAACGAAGACCCCGUCAGCAUCACCACGCCAUGGAAGGUCCAGGCCUUCCUCCAUUGCUGUUGAGUCUUCCUCAGAAUCAGAAGAUGGAGACUCUAGAGGAGAGAUAUUCGACAUCUACAUGGCGUCUGCUGAUUAUAACCCUAUUGUUGCUGAUAAGGAAUCAAUCACCUUGAAAGAGGGUCAGUACGUGGAGGUUCUAGACUCCGCUCAUCCCCUCAAAUGGUUGGUCCGAACAAAGCCAACCAAGUUCAGUGCAUCCAGGCAAGGUUGGGUGUCACCAGCUUACUUGGAUAAGCGAUUGAAGCUAUCUCCUGAGUGGGCUUUAGGAGAAGCACCAGAAGUUUCUGGAGUGUGUGUUUCAGAAGAUGAGUACAAGAAGAAGCUCAGCAUUCUGCUCCAGGACCUGCUGAACACAGAGAAGGAGUACGUGAAGGAGCUACAGUUCUUGGAGAACCAUCACCUACAUCACACAGAGAACAGCCCUGAUAUCCCAGAGAACGUUGCUAGCCAGAAAUCCACCAUCUUCAGGAACAUCAGCGACAUUGGCAACUUUCACUCAAACAUUUUCUUCCCCGAGCUAAAGAAAUGUGACACAGACGAUGACAUUGCCAUGUCCUUCAUAAAGAACGAGGAUGAAUUCAACAAGUACAUUAUGUUCCUGGUUGGCCGCGUCCAGGCUGAGUCGGUCGUGCUCAGCGAUUCUAUUCAGGAGUUCUACAAGAACUAUUCAGAUGAACGGCUAGCGCUGUCAGACCCGUCCAAGCCCCCUGUGCCUCCUCUGCAACAUUACCUGGAAAGGCCCAUAAACAGGAUCCAGCGAUAUCAAGUCAUUAUAAAGGAACUCAUCCGGAACAAAGCAAGAAACGGGAAGAAUUGUGCACUACUGGAACAGGCCUAUGCUAUUGUAUCUGCUCUUACUCGGCGGGCAGAGAACUUCUUGCAUGUGUCCCUGAUUGAAAACUACCCGGGAACGCUAGAGGCCUUGGGUGAACCUAUACGUCAGGGUCACUUUAUUGUUUGGGAAGGAGCCCCUGGAGCUCGAAUGGCCUGGAAGGGUCACAACCGUCAUGUCUUUCUGUUCAAGAACUACUUGAUCAUCUGCAAACCCAAGCGGGACACAAGGACAGACACCUAUAGCUACGUGUUCAAGAACAUGAUGAAGCUGACAAAUAUAGACAUCAAUGAUCAGAUAGAAGGAGACGACAGAGCUUUUGAGGUUUGGCACGAACGGGAAGACUCAGUGAGGAAAUAUCUGCUUCAAGCUCGAACCGUCAUCAUAAAAAACUCCUGGGUGAAGGAAAUCUGUGGCAUACAAGAGCGCUUCAGUAUGCCAAUCUGGAAUCCUCCAAAAUUCAUCGAAGUUUUAGCAGACUGCACGGCCGAAUUGGGAGAAACUGUCAAGCUGGCGUGCCGCGUAACAGGGACACCUAAGCCUGUUGUUGCCUGGUAUAAAGAUGGCAGACCUGUGGAAGCUGACCCCCAUCACAUCAUUAUUGAGGAUCCCGACGGCUCCUGCACAUUGAUUCUGGAUAACAUGACUGGAGCCGACUCAGGGCAGUACAUGUGCUUUGCAGCCAGCCCAGCCGGAAGUGCCAGCACUUUGGGGAAGAUUCUUGUCCAAGUGCCCCCGAGGUUUGUCAAUAAACUCCGAAACGCUCACUUUGUGGAUGGGGAGGAUGCCCAAUUCACAUGCACCAUUGAUGGAGCUCCCUACCCACAGAUAAGAUGGUACAGAGAAGGGAAACUGCUGUCAGAAUCUGCUAAAUACCAAACAUUCACUGAGCCAAGGAGCGGUGUUUUGGUGCUUGUGAUCAAAAAUGCCACCAAUGAGGACCUAGGCUAUUAUGAAUGUGAGUUGGGGAACAGACUGGGAUCGGCUAGAAGUGGGGCAGAACUGAGCCCGAUGACCCCGGCACUGCUGGCCCAAGAGCGGAGGGGAGACCAGACCAUAACUAUUGAAGGUGUGGGGGGCUCCAUCAGGGCCUCACUGGAGCGAGCAGAUCAGGAGAUAAGGCAAGUUCUACAGAAGCUGGUAGAGACACCAGGGACCGGCUUGAUGCCACCCCAACUGGUAUCUCCCAAGGGUCUUGGAACAAAGAAAUCAGCGGCUGUCCAGUCUUCAGUAGAAGAACGCAAAGCAAUGGACAUGUUUAGAGAUGCCAACACACAGACCCCGGAAGACCAAGGUGAAGAGAAGAAACAAAUGGAACAGAAGGAGACGACAGAAACACAUGAGAUCCCUACGGCUUCCCAAAAACAGGAGGCGCCCGGGGUGCCGGAGCUUCAUAUUCCCAUCAGGUUGGGGAUGGAAGCGUCGGACUGGUACCUCCGGAGGGCGCCGGCACACAUUUGGGAUGUUCGCAGCCAGGUGUAUAUCGAGAGCACGGAGACAACUUGUGUCCACUUUAAGGAUGACAAAGCAACAAGGCCUCCGUACAUGCAGGUGACCAUAGAAGAUGUCCAUACCCAGUGCGGAGAUGCAGCCAGAUUUGAUGCCGUGAUAGAGGGGACAGCGCCGCUCACUAUUGCCUGGUACAAGAACAACGUCCCACUAACUGAGUGUGAAAGAAUUCAGAUUGUGAAAGAAGACAGAAAAUAUUCUUUAAUCCUCCGAGACACAAAACCAGACGAUGGCGCUAUAUACACUUGUGUUGCUAGAAAUAUGGGGGGAGAGGUGUCCUGCAAGGCUGAGCUCGUUAUGCAUGAAGAUACAAAAGAACACGUGACAGAGACAGUUCAGAAAAGGAGAAAACUGAAAUCCUUCUUUGAGGUGAAGGAAGAAAUUGGAAGAGGCUGUUUUGGUUUUGUGAAACGAGUUGUGCACAAAGGAAAUGGUGCCAACUGUGCCGCCAAGUUCAUCCCUCUGAGAAGCAAAACGCGACAGCGAGCCUACAGGGAAAGGGAACUGCUCUCCGAGAUAUCCCACAGCAACAUCACCUGCCUGCUCGAUGCCUUUGAGACAAGGAAAACACUGAUCCUUAUCAUGGAUAUAUGCUGCGGCGAAGAACUGCUCGACCGUCUAUUCAAGAAAAGUAUUGUCUCUGAAAGAGAGGUAAAGGUGUACAUUAGACAGCUUGUUGAAGCCAUUGGGUAUCUCCAUGACAAGGACAUUCUUCACCUGGACGUUAAGCCGGCCAAUAUUCUCAUGGUUAAUACAGACCAGGACGAUAUCAAACUCUGUGACUUUGGAUUCGCUCAGAAACGGCGGCGCUCAGAGCCUCAGUACAGUAAAUACGGCUCCCCUGAGUUUGUCUCCCCAGAAAUUGCCAGUCAGUUGCCCGUGUCCGAAGCCUCCGAUAUAUGGCCCAUCGGUGUGAUCACCUACCUAUGUUUGGUGUGCGCGUCGCCGUUUGCGGGGCAGAAUGACAGAGAGACCCUACUCAGCGUGCAGCAGGGCAAGAUCAGUUGGCACAACCAGGGAUUUAUAGAGCUGAGUGAAGAAGCGAAGGAUUUCAUAAGAAGAACGAUCCAAAUGUCUCCAGAAUCUCGGCCCAGUGCCGUGGAAUGUUCCAACCAUAAGUGGUUCCAGGGAUGUUCCGGUGAAAAAGACACGCGACCCAUUAUUACAAAAGGCCUCAAAUUCCUGGUGGCGCGGAGCAGAUGGCAGCGUUCCUUGAUGUGCUACAGAUCGAUUCUGGUGAUGAGAUCCAUCCCGGAGCUUCUGCAAGGAAACGUGGAGAGAACAUCUUUGGGGGUUCCUCGACACUUAGUUGAAGGAAGCAGCUCUUCCAGCAGCAGUGGAUCCUCUUCUGAUAAUGAGAGCGACAUCAGCCCAACGGCAAGGGGCUCCAAUCCUUCCCUAGAGCUCCACUUGUCUAUUUUUAAAAUGUAUGAUAGGGAUACUUUUCAAGAAGUGAGCCAAAAGGCGGACAUUAUCACCCAAGAAGAGAAGAGAAGCCAAGAGGCAACCCUAGUGUGUUCUGAUAAAUCGGGAGCUCAAGAGACUGAUAAGGUUAACUUUGCAGAAGAUACAGUGAACCUUGAGCAAACAGACAAAAUGCUGGUGGAGUCAGUGGAAACAUCUCCAGGAAAACGACCUUUCUGCAAAGCAGCGACUAUUGAAGUUGGCGAUUUAGCGUCAAAAAAGGGCAAGUCUGGAUGCUUUGUAAGAGGUUCAUCGGCAGACAGUGCAUUGCUAGGAGUUGAUAGACACACCUUAGUAUGUGUGCCAAGGCAAAGCAUCAUUAAUAGCACCUUCUACAGCCAAUCGGGUGAGGGCGCUGGCUUGACUCCCAGAGAUGGGGCACUGAGGGAGAAAGAAUUCAUCAAGCAUCGUGAAAAGGCACGAAGGAGCUUAAUGAAAGCAGGAUAUUCCCAAAAGAUACUGAGUGGCUUGAGAGAGCCUCUGCUUGAACAGUUUGCAAUGGAGCAAAGAAUAAUUGCCCAGGACAAGGCUCAGGCCACACAAGAAGGACCGUCUGGUUCUCUGAAAAAAUCAGUUUCGUUUGAUGGCUCCAAAGGUUCCCCGAGGUCUUCUUUCAAGGCCUCCAGCAGAAGCCGCUCUCUGGACGACUGCAAAUCAAGACCACUUACUGUUUAUAAAGGAGUUCUCCUGGAGGAAGGAGGUCAAAAAGUUUCAGUAGGAGAUAAAAUUCUUCAUACAAAUACUCAGUGUCAUUCUGAAGAGACUGCAACACAAAGUGACUUUACUCAGGGCAUAACUGAUUCUAUACACAGUAGGGUCCAACCGGAAGUACCACAUGCAGCCAAAGAACAUCAAGCACCUCUCUUCAUCUCUUCUACACAAAGACCACUCUCUGCUACGACAGUUGAUAGUGAAAAUACAAUAAUUGCAGUUUUACAUCAACAACCAAUAUUCGACUCUGGUUCAGUAAAAGAGAGGCCACCUUCUCUUGCACUGGAGGUUGAGGAAAGCACAGUCAUAGCAUUUCUGCAACAAAAACCACUGCUGUUUGCAGAACCUUCCAAAACACAUGUUGAUACUGAGGGCAUAAAAGACUCAAUUCAACCCCAAGAAACUGGACUACCCAGUCAGUUUGAAGGACCAACUCCUCAUUUAGGAGGCAGUGUUACAUUUACAGUGAAGACCACCUCUGAUACAAAUUACUUUCUUGCUUCCCAACCACCAGUAGAAAAAUACCAAGUCGGUUCUGAGGUUGGCACCGAAACGAGUGUAAACCAAGAGAGCACAGUUUCUCCAGACUCCACAAUGGAGAGUACUCCAUAUGUUGUGCAGUUUACUGACUCUAAAUCCAGCACCGCGAUAAUACCUCAAGGUCUGCAGAAAGAUCCACCUCUUUUAAAAGCUACCAAAGAACGUGCAGUAGUAACAGUAACUGAAGCAACAGCGGUCACUGAAAAAGUAGAAGAAAAAUGUUCCAUCACUAACUUGGAUACAUUUUCUCCUGAAAACCUACAUUUAUCCACCCAACAUGGAGAUGUUAUUCUUAAACCAUCAAUAUCAGAGCACCAAGAACUUGGAUCUACUUCUGAAAGGCACUGUGAGAUCAUCAAGGAUGUUUCUAGGCAAAAUACAGAUGAAAACCGAGGUUCUUCCCUUUACAGCGAUGAACAAAGUGCUGCAUUAGAAGAUCUGGUUGGCGAAAUGACCUACUUGUCGGAACAGAUGAAUGUAUUGGCGGGCAACCAAGAGCAGAUAUCCAAUAUAAAAUCGACUGAAGGCAAGACUCAGGUGGAAAGAGGUCCCCUAGACCCUGGUCUUGCAAUGGAAACAGAAGUUCUGAUUGUACAGACCAGUGCAUCACCUCAAGCAUCCAAAGAACCCCAACUGACAUCAGUCUCACAGUGCAGUUUCUACGACUCCCUGUGUCCAGCCCAAGCCUCUCCUCUACUUCAUGAGGAGGAGUUUAGCAUCGAAAGUCGUAGCUCCAGCAAAACAUUUAUUUCCCAUUCAGACAGCUCUGAGACAGGGAGAAGAUCUGAUAAUUUCUCUGACUUUGAAGAAGCGGGCAGGCAUUCUGAAGUCUCCCUGCUGGAGAUUGAGGAACUGAAUUACAACAGUCCAUCCACCAGUUCAGUUGGGCCAUUUCAUUUUGAGCCCACACAGUCCCAUCUUUUGGAUUUUUAUGGUAUCAAAGAAUCCCCUCGGAACUCAGUCGAUCCGAGUCAAGAAAAACCUCUCUCUGAUAACGAGAAGUUAAAUCUGAACUCCCAGCCAUUACUGGGUGGAAAGCAUGACACGAAAAUUGAUGAAAGAACAAUGGAAAAAGUGUCGAAGAAAGAAGAAAUCAAGGAGAGGAAAAGUAGCUCAUCAAGGAAAAGGAUCAAGCUCUUUAGGCCUCAUUCAAAGACCGACUCUUCAGGAAAGUCUUCAGACCAAAGUCUAAAGCAAAAGGUGAAAGCCUCAGUGGCCAACAUUUCCCGUAUUAUCAAAGGGAAGCCCAGCAAUGGUCAGGAGAGAAAGGAAGGUAUCGAAGGACCAAAGGCCGAUUCUCUAGUGCAGGCAGCUACAGAAAGAAUAGCAGUACACAUGAAGAAAAAAUCAUUCAAACUUACCAGUCUGUCACCGAAAGACAAAGGUAAUUCAGUAGCUCCAGCUUUUGUCGAGGAACUCACGGACCAGACGGUUGUCGUUGGUCACUUAGUGACUUUGUCCUGUAGAACUUCUGAACCUGUGACUGAGGUUGAGUGGUUUAAAGACGGGGUACCCAUCCAGGGCAAUGAAAGAGUCCUCAUCUCUUCUACUCUGAAGAACUAUCAUCUUCUCACUAUCCUCGUCGUGAUGGCGCAAGACCUGGGGAUCUAUGCCUGUGUGGCAUCCAACUCUCUUGGCAGUGCCUCAACAUGCUGCAUUCUAAAGAGAGCUGAGAUACCAUGCUGUCCCACCAGCCCUGAAGUUGCCCAGGUAUAUAAAGAUGGAGCCCUAAUUGUCUGGAAGCCGGUGGAGUCUGCAAGCCCUGUCACCUACUUUGUACAAUACAGGAAGGAAGGUGAGGAAUGGAGACCCCUGACUCUCGACAUCUCCGACUGCUGCUACUCUACCCAUGUUCUCUCUGAAGGACAAGUCUACUCCUUUAGGAUCGCUUGUAUCAGCAAAGCUGGAAUGGGCCCUUACAGCAACCCGUCUGCUGGAGUCAGGAUUGGUAGGCCCAGCCAGACAUUCUCAAAAGAGAUGGGUAGCACAGAAGAGACAGUCGCAGCCGACAGAACAAGCACCCUACAGACUGGAGUAACGAGGGGGCGCUUCAGUAGUGUUAGACCCUGCAAGGAGAAGUCAAGUGGAAGACUGUUUGCUGCAAAAAUCAUACCAUACACAGACAAAAGCAAAGAGUCUACCCUGCAGGAGUAUCUGAUCCUGAAGCAACUUCAUCAUUCCAACAUUGUCCAGUUACACGGAGCAUUCCUGAGCCCCCAUGAUCUUGUCCUGAUCCUUGAACUGUGUGAGGGACUGGAGCUACUGCAGUUCCUCUCUCUUGGGCCGUCGUACUCAGAGCUGGAAGUGCGAGACUACCUGUGGCAGAUGCUAAGCGCAGUGGAGUUUCUCCAUGCCAAACAAAUCCUCCAUCUGGAUCUGAGAUCUGAAAACACAAUAGUAACUGAACACAAGCUGCUGAAAAUCCUGGAUUUUGGGAACGCGUGUGUCUAUUCUCCAGACAAGCUCAGCGCUCCACAGAGAUACAGGGAUUACGUGGAAACUAUGGCUCCAGAAGUUCUAGAAGGCCAGGGGGCGGUUCCACCCACUGAUAUUUGGGCCGUGGGCAUUACAGCUUUCAUCAUGCUGAGCUCUGACUAUCCAUUCAGCAGCGAUACAACGUCGGAAUUGGAGAAAGGCAUCAAGAAAGGGCUGAUCAGGUUCACGCGGUGUUACGCUGGCUUGUCCGGGGGAGCCGUGUCCUUUCUUCAGAGCACCUUGUGGGCGAAUCCGUGGGGAAGGCCCUCCGCCUCCGAUUGCCUGAAGUUUCUAUGGUUACAGGAAGCCGGACUGGCCACGUUUCAGCAGGCUCCAAUAUUUUUCCCCAGCUCCAAGCUUAAGAACUUCCUGAGAGAGAGAAGGAAAAGAACCCAGCAGUUGGCUACUCUGUGACGUUCCACUCGGGCUGCGCUGCCCCAGCAUGCCUUGCUCCUGGACUCAUUCGAAUAAGUAAUAAUAGAGUCGUUUGUGCUACUUAGAAGCCGACACCUUUGUCGGUUUUCCCAAUGGACAUACACCAUAUUUAGCUCAAUAUAAAUUUAUUGUUUGACAUUA